AUUAUCAUAGCCACACACGACCCGUGUGAAAGGGCUGGCUCUCAUUUGAAAGGGAUGUCAAACCUCGGACCUUCGUGCAAGGCUCAGUGUUCCCUCGACGUUCGGGACUGACGGAUCAGGGACACGAGAUCUCCUCCUCCUUCUCCUCCCUCUAAAUCUUCCAGUUCUUCCCUCGUCAGGAGAUUAGACUACUGUUCUUCCCUCGUCAGGAGAUUAGACCACUGUUCUUCCCGAGAUUAGACUACUGUUCUUCCUUCGUCAGGAGAUUAGACUACCGUUCUUCCCUCGUCAGGAGAUUAGACUACCGUUCUUCCCUCGUCAGGAGAUUAGACUGCUGUUCUUCCCUCGUCAGGAGAUUAGACUGCUGUUCUUCCCUCGUCAGGAGAUUAGACUACCUUUCUUCCUUCGUCAGGAGAUUAGGCUAACGUUAUUCCCUCGUCAGGAGAUUACCGUUAUCGCUUAUUUUUCCCCCUUUAUUUUGGUUAUAUUAAUUGCUGAAUUUCUAACAACACAUUGUGCAGAAGAUUUCAAGCUUUGCUCGCUGUUAGUUACUUGUGGAUUAUAAACGUCCUGUCUUACGGGAAAGAACUGAACGGAAAUGAAUCCGUGCUAUCUUAGCCAUUUAUAACUUCAUUAGAUUUUUCUUCUUAUUUAUAUAGAUAUCUAAGUUUGUGGUCUGCUUUGAUAGUCCGCAAAUAGUUUCAGCAUCGGGAUUAGGAAGAUAAAUUUUGUUAUCUGCAUAACGUCCAUUGCCUUCUAUUACUUUCAAUUCAGACUGGCGUAUAUCAUCCCCAUCUUCAUUCUCGAGUAAUAACUGCGGUAGCAUCAGUCGUUAACUAUGUCUGUAAGCAGUCGAAAAUUAAAUAUGGCCUCGUUAUUGUUAGGCAUUUCUGUAUAUACUCUCGUGGCCGUCGCUCUUAGCAAACCGCAUCUAGAGGCCUCCUGUCCGCCUCCCUCCAACCCAGACAACACAUCGGUCACUUUCCUAUUCGGAGGAAGAGCCGCAAUCAUUACCUGUGGAAACGCGACCCAAAGAAUGGCCCUUUGCGUCGACGGUUCCUGGACCUCGAGUGUUUCCUGCAGCGAAGAAAAAACGCAGGAAGGACCAUUGCUUCCGAAAAGAGCUAGGCGGAACACCGGGAAAUACCACGAACUGAGAAAACGCGUCAAAAUCCAGCGACAGCUCCGAGCUGGCCUUCUGGAGACUAUGAUGGACGACACCACGCCCACUAUCUUUCGCGCGCACCCAUCAGGCAACGUCUAUCUACCGUGUCGGGUGGAGAAUCUGGGUGCCCAUUCCGUCAUCUGGAGCAGAGAGAAAGACGGCGUUGUCUUAGCUAUAGACACACUCAGAUACGUUCCUGACAAGCGCAUAUCGGCAAUUUACGAAGAACAGACGCAGACCUGGUUCCUGAGGAUACAGUCUGCGCGAGAAAGGGACAACGGGAAAUACGUCUGCAAAGUGACCACGAAGGUGCCUUUAGAGAGGACCCUGACUCUGCAGAUCGUUCCACCUGAUCAGCCUCUUCACGGACCUAUUCGGUUAGAGGACCACGACCUCAACUUCGUCGUGAGGAACCUGACAGCUCUGUGGGAAGAGGUCAGCGACAUCCGCCAAGAAAUAGUUCGUCAUUUACACGAAGGACACAAAGAGGAUAAUCAUGAUGAGGUCAUGCGAGAAGUUGAAGGCCUUCACCAUGAACACCACGUCCACCACCUUCACCAUCCUCACGUUGGACACAACGAGCACCACAGCGACGAACUUUUAAUGCACCUGGAAGGGGUCCAUGGACAUAUUGAUGACCACACCGCAGGGCAGCCCGUUCACGGACACCUUCACGGACCCGGUCCUUCUCAUGAUCAUCUGCAUGGACCACCAAAGGCAAGGGGUCAUGAUGAUGAUGAUGACGACAGUCAUGAAGGUGAUGAUGACGAUCAUGAUGAUCAUGAUCAUGAUGCUCAUGAACAUGAUGAUCAUGAUCAUGAUGAGCACACAGGCCACCGGGCCCUCCACCCCAACCCUGACGAGCAUGAUGCUCACGGCCUUCACUCGCACGAAGACGAACACGAGUAUGGCCACGAGCACGACCAUGGCCACGCUUCUGAUGACGUCGACCACCACGGUCACCACGACCACGACGAACACAGCCAGGGUGGUCACGGAGGCCCUCCGAGUCGACCAGGAGCUCCCGGUGCUCCUGGUGCCCCAGGGAUGGUGCGACCGGGCUUGUCGCCUCUUCCAGGCAGCCUCAGGUCUGGCAGACAUCCCACUGACACCUGGAUGCACGCGUCGUGCGCUCUGAAGCCCAAUAAAGAUGUGCCCACUUCCAACGUCCAUGGAGCAGUCAUCAUCUCUCAAAGGAAAGACGGAAAAGGUCCAGUUUACUUCGACAUUCACCUCUCUGGCAUUGAUGUCGCGAGUACCGGAAGACUCCACGGUUUCCAUGUCCACGAACGCCCAGUGACUGACGAGAGCUGUGGCUCAACUGGAGGGCAUUUCAAUCCAACAGGUGUGACCCACGGAGCGCCAGGGGACGAUGUUAGGCAUGUGGGUGAUCUCGGCAACGUUGAAGUGAACGAAAACGGGGAGCUCCGUGGUUACGUCAUCCAUGACGACAAGGUUGCCUUCGAUGGAACCAACAGCAUAAUUGGAAAGGCUCUCGUUGUCCACGCAGGAGUUGAUGAUCUUGGUUUAGGAGGGGAUGCCGGCAGCCUCGCAACAGGGAACGCAGGAGGAAGGUUGGCCUGCUGUACCAUUCACAUGGGUGGACACCUUCGGCAAGAAGACCUCGUCACCUUCAGAAUGAAGGGCUAGACUUCUCCCCUCCGUCGAACCCAACCCCCAGAGUAAAAGGUCUCUGUUAAUACGAGAGAAUUUCACUUAGAAAAUCAAGGAUUCCAUGCACUUAAAACACCAUUUUUUUUCGGAGACUGGAGUUGUUCCGUUGUGCCUUGGAAUUUCAGGAAAUAAAUUUGGUUUUAUUUCUUAAACUAAAAGAAAUGACAUACCUGUAUGUUGUAAGUCUUAACUGAUCUGUAAAUUCUAAAUCUUGUGAAACGAAGAACAAAAAUGGACCAAUAAAUCAUCAUAUGCUCAGUCGACGAGGCAUCAACAGGGAAUCUGAGGUUUUGUUUAUUUUGGAAUAAAGUAUAGAAAGGAUAAAAAAAGAAAAAAUGAAAUAUCUUGGGCGUAAAAGGAUUGUUACAGUUGGCAGGAUUCUUUGUAUCUGUGUGCAAACAUUAAAAAUCGUAAGUUCAUUUAUUCUCAAACUUUCAAAUUCUGUGCUGGUGUUCGUCUGUUCAUCUGAAAUGUCCUUCAUAUAAGUGUUCAUUGUUAGAGAUUUUCAUACAAUGUGCAUUUUUUACUAAAGAGUCAUGAUUGUACUUCCUGUGAAAUUAAACGACUCAAAAAAUUA